UGUUUCCGCAUUCCGCAAAGAGCUGUCAGCAGAAGCGCAAGUUGGACCGGGGACUGUCGCGUCUGGAAAGAAACCUCCUCAGUCACACCCAGGGGAAUAGCCGUCCAAAGCCAAGGAGGAGGGAUGCCGUACAUGCUCAUCAGCACGCAGAUCAGACUGGAGAACGGUCCCACAAAUGUAGGAGAUGAAUAUUCUGAUCCAGCAGUCAUGAAUUACUUGGGAGCAAGGAAAACAACCAUGCUGGGAAACAAUUUUUCCGAGUACCAUGUGGACGACCCACCUCGCCUGGUGUUGGACAAGCUGGAGAAGAUCGGCUUCCGCGUAAUGACAAUGACGGGAGUGGGACAGACGCUGGUGUGGUGCCUUCACAAGGAGACGGACUGAUUGAUCGUGGAGCGAGUUUUGACUGAAUCCAAAUACCUAUAUAUGCCUUUAAAAGGUGAAUGAAAUAUGCUGAAGAAUUUAUAUUACUUAUUUUUUUUUAAAUUUGGUUCUCUGUUGUACAUUUAGUAUAUUGACUGUUAAAAAUCAGAGCACUGUCAAAUGACAAUGUUUUUUUUAAAAUUGAGAUUAUCCCAGACGUAAGGUUUGAGAUUACGUUGUUUAGGUUAUAGGCCACCAAUUUCCAAACCACAUUCCAGAGCUUUUGUAAGACCCUUUGCCAAUAUUGUUUACAACUCGUGACUCGUGUAGGUAGUGACAGCUAGUUGAACUGUUAAUAUGUAAUUAUAACUUGAUAAAAGGCUAAUGUGAAAGAUUUCAGCUCAUAGAAAAAGCUUCACCCAGUUGCCCUAUGGACCACUAUGCUAGAUGUACUUUUGUAAAGAUGUUUUUGUUAGUGUAGCAUAUGCUUAUGAUUAAAUGAUGCAGUGAUGUGGA